CCCGUUCAGUUCCCUUUUUCGGGAUUCUUGCCACCGGAUGCGUUCAACACCACGACCGCUCCGGCAACACCGACCGCAGCCGUUCAAUCGCUCGAACCGUCGUUGUUCCCGCAGACCGUUCCACUUGACUUUUGUCAACGUAAACCGCCACGAGAUGAUUGA